AUGCCUUCCUUCAAGGACUCCGUCUCUUCCACUCCCGCCGGUGCCUCUGGUGCCCCAACCCCGGCCUCCACCAGCGCACCCACAUCAACCCGCGAGACUCUCCACGCCGCAUCUGCCGCACUUGGUCUGACCUCCCAGGGUCUUGACCUGUGCCCUCACUGCUUCCGCGAGAUGUCGCACUGCAACGAGCGCUUUGAGUUCGCUUAA